GUUCUAGAAAAGUCAGUGCUAGCCGUCAGAGUCAAUUUGAGGGAGUAAAUGCCAACGCUUGCUGUUGCAGGCUUUCAACUUUGGGUACGCGAAUGCCAUCACGUGCAGUUAGUGCUAGCUAAACACUGCAGCUACUGUAGCUAUACCUAGCCAUGUUUUGAUUUACUUUACUAGCAUUGUGACAAUGAGCUUUCAGUCUGGAGCCCAAGUCCAUUGCAGCUCAAUCCACAACAGGAUGGUGCUAUCCAGUGAUGAAGAGACUGAAACACCGCCCUCCACCAGGAUGGACUUUUCAUCCCCAGAGACUGCCCAGUCCGCUCCAUCCACAUCUAGUGGCAGCAUUGAAAUGGCUAAGGAUAAUGAUACCACCAGUUUUGACUUUGACAGUAAACCCUCAAAAAUCAGACUACCCAGGAAGAUGCUUAUGAAAGAUCUGCUUGGGGAAUUGGCCAAACAGAAAAAAAGCAAACAAGAUGAUGCUUCAUCCAUUCCUUCUAAAAAGAUGCCUUGGGCUGUGUCUGAAGUCACUGCGUCGUGUCGAUUUGUGAGAGUGGGGACAAUGCCGCUUACUAUUCAAAAGCCAGUCACAUUUACAACAGAAAACAUCAGGAUAGACGAUCAAGUGUGUGUGCAGGCAUCUACUGUUGUCAGCUGUGAGAUGUGCUUCUCCAAGAGGCUUCCCUCCCUCCUUCUGAAGGCCACCCCUGCCGAGUGUCUCCGGCUGUGCUACCUGCUCAAGAUGUCCCGCUCCCAUGGAGGCACCUGGGUCGACAGCAACAGCCCAAAUCUUGGAGAGAACUACAUCAUCCUGGUGUUUAAGGGUUCGCUACCAGAACAGGACGAAGUCCUGCUGAAGGAUAUCUUAACAGAGAUCGGGAGAGCAGAAGGGGUGGAUGACUUUAUAAGCGAGAUUACGUUUGAGGAAGCCAACAAGAUACUGAUGCAUGGCAAGAAAGAUUCCCCUAAGGACCAGAGCUGCACUUCCCAGUCUCUGCUGCCAGACUGUCACGUCUCCUUGCCAAAGAUUUCCGCCACUGCACGGUUCCCCCCACAGUUUCAUCCUAAAACAUUUCAGCAGAUGUUUUUGGACACCUUUUCGACACAAACUCAGCCUGUUUCAGUAGCUCAGCAGAAGGACUCCAAAGGGGUUUCCCACCUGCUAAAGAAAAAGGCACCUGAACGCUGUUUGCGCUCCAAUACACGAGCAUCCUACCCAACAUGCCUUUCUGACGGCAAUGAUGAAAACAAUGACGUAGUGGAGGUCCUUCCGGUCUUCUCUGACCCUGUCCAGAGGUUGGUCCUGUACCCCCCUCCUCCAGCCAGAGGGGGCAUAUCUGUCACCAACGAAGACCUUCACUGUCUCAACCAAGGAGAGUUCCUCAAUGAUGUCAUCAUUGACUUUUACCUCAAGUACCUGAUGUUGAAAGAGGAGAAUGCGAUGAGGAGCCAUGUGUUCAGCUCCUUCUUUUACAAGAGGCUGACUCAGACAGAGCAGGGACAAGCCCAGGCGCCGGAGAAUCUACUUGAAAGGAAGUUGAGACACAGUCGAGUGAGAACCUGGACCAGAAAUGUGGAUCUCUUCCAGAAGGAUUUCAUUUUUGUCCCCAUUAAUGAAUCUGCCCACUGGUUCCUGGCAGUCAUCUGCUUCCCAGACCUGGCGGGUGCCCAAUCUGACCCUGGGCCUCCCAGCCCCUCACCUCUCUCUUCAGCCUCCCCUCAAUGGCCCAGCCCGGGGCCUCUCUCCACCUUCCAACAGGAGGAUGAUGAGGAAGAGCCCAGCUGUCUAGAUCAGGGCUUCCUGUCAAGUUUCACCCCUCCAGGCCCCAACCCCAUGUCACUGUUCUUUCGCCCCAUGAACAGCAUUGCUACAAGCUACCCGGACCCUGGCUCCAGCCCUGGCUCUUUUCCUGAGGGUGACUUGACAAUAGGGUUUAGUCUGAGGGUGUGUUCAGACCUGCAGGAGAAGGAGAUGGGGACAGGUGUGAGAGAGCUCGGUGUGAACUCCUACACGCUGACCACUGGACAGAAGGCUCGUCAGACAGAUCGAAAUCAUGACUUUUUUGAUGUCACCCCCAAAGCUGCAACGCAUAGACGACCCUGCAUCCUAAUAAUGGAUUCCCUCAGCGGCAAUGGCAGAUUGGAUGUUGUGAAGAUCCUGCAAGAGUACUUAGAGGUGGAAUGGGAGCUGAGAAAGGGGACUAAGAGAAGGUUCUGCAGAGACACCAUGAGAGGUUCCAACCCUCGUGUUCCCCAGCAGGAUAACUACAGUGACUGUGGAGUCUACCUGCUCCAGUACGUGGAGAGCUUCUUCCAGAAUCCCCCACAGAGUUUUGAGCAACCCAUGGACUUAAGUAAAUGGUUUCCACUAAAACGAGUGAAGAGAAAGCGAGCAGAAAUCAAGGAGCUCAUUGUCAAAAUUCACCAGCAGCAGGAGAGUGGAGUGACAGCUAAUCACCACAGGAGGGACACCUUUCCUUAUUUAAAAUGAACAGCACUUUCUUUACAUUACAUGAAUUGGUAGUUACUAACCAGAGUUCAUCUUGUAGUACUUUUCUCUGAUUUGUAUUCUGCCAUUGUCCACUUGUCCAUUUUUUGUAUGCCUUUUCCUUUAAUGGUAGCACUUGUUAAAUAUGUUCACUGUUAAGGUUUUUAUAAUUGGCAGUUUACUUUCCUUGGCUGGAGAUGACCUAUGACCCUAAGUUGUUACUUUUAUAAAUAAUCAAAUGAAAAGAAGAAAAAUAAAUAGGUGUGGUUUUGUUGUAAAUUGUCAGCACCCAUUAUUAAG